AUCAAGAGAGAGACAAAAAUAAUAAUGGCGAUGGAGAUCGGAGAAGAUAAAUGGAAGGUUUGCUGUGGAAGCUCCGAUUUCGCGAAGCUGAUGGUGAAAGCUUCUCCGUUUAGUUCAUUAGAAACAGCGAUUGAUACGGCAAGAGACAUCUGGUUCAACCAAGUUAAUGUUACAGCUUGGCUUGAAGCUUUCUCUGCUCAUCCUCAGAUUGGGAAUACUCCUUCACCUUCUGUCAACUCCGAUUUUGCUCGUCGGAGCGAAGCAGAGCAGUCCACGGCAUUUGCCACAACCUCUGCUUCUGCUUUACAGGAGCUUGCCGAGUGGAAUGUACUCUACAAACGAAAGUUUGGCUUUAUCUUUAUUAUUUUCGCCUCUGGUAGGACUCACACUGAGAUGCUCCAGGCGUUAAAGGGAAGGUAUGCAAAUAGGCCGAUAGUGGAGCUUGAGAAUGCUGCUAAGGAACAAAUGAAGAUAACAGAGCUACGGAUGGCAAAGCUUUUCUCCGAUAAGGGCUCUCCCAUUUCAACAAUACCUCAAGAUCGUCUGAGAAUCAUAGGAGGGCAUUUGAAUGUUGCAGCUGAAGUCAAAGCUCCCAAGAGAAGUAGGCCACCCAUCACGACUCAUGUCUUAGACGUCUCACGUGGUGCUCCAGCUGCAGGUGUUGAAGUGCACUUAGAAGUGUGGAGUGGUACUACCGGUCCUUCCCUUGGUCACGAAGGUGGUGGGGUCUGGUCCAUUAUGGGCACUUCAGCUACUGAUAAAGAUGGGCGCAGUGGACCACUGAUGGAUUUGGUUGAGGCUUUGAAACCAGGGACAUAUCGAAUAAGCUUCAACACUGCAAAGUAUUGCCCAGGCUGCUUCUUUCCCUAUGUUUCGAUUGUUUUUCAAGUUACAGAAUCUCAGAAAUGGGAGCAUUUCCAUGUACCACUGUUGCUUUCACCAUUUUCUUUCACCACAUACCGUGGUAGCUAGAGCUUAAAGCUACUACUGCUGUAUGCUACACCCAGUUUCCAACACAUUUGGUAUUGUUUGUACCACUGCUGGAACAAGUAUUAAAAUUGCUAUAAAAUAAACUAUUUAUUAGAA